AGUAAAGUCCCGAGACCCGGAUGCAGAUGGGGCAUUAGGAGACGCAGCUGCACGUGACGCUGGCGGAGAACGCAAGGGAGGCGGGACGCCUGCCUCCGCCUAGACCCUGUCCCACCUCACCGCCGGAGGCUGCAAGCCCCGGGUAAAGAUCGUGGGUGAGAGCAAACAGCUGAAGGACCGCCCACUGCUAACCUUUGCCCGCGAAACUACGGAGCGCCUCAGGACCCAGCUGAGCCGCGCGCUUAGGCUCCUUGAAGUCAUGUGACAGGAAGUAGCUUUGGAGAAGCGGAAGUCGAAUGUGCCGGAGGAGGCGGUGGUAACAGGAACCGGGAGGCGAAGGCUCGUGGAUUUGGGGAGAACGAGCCGUCAAUAUGAAGGUGAAGAUGCUUAGCCGGAACCCGGACAACUAUGUCCGCGAAACUAAGUUGGACAUACAGAGAGUUCCAAGAAACUACGAUCCCACCUUACAUCCUUUUGAGGUUCCACGAGAAUAUGUAAGAGCUUUAAAUGCUACCAAACUGGAACGAGUAUUUGCAAAACCAUUCCUUGCCUCCCUGGAUGGUCACCGAGAUGGAGUCAAUUGCUUGGCAAAGCAUCCGAAGAGCCUGGCUACUGUUCUUUCUGGGGCCUGUGAUGGAGAGGUUAAAAUUUGGAACUUGACUAACAGAAAAUGCAUUCGUACAAUACAAGCACAUGAAGGUUUUGUACGAGGCAUAUGUACUCGCUUUUGUGGGACUUCUUUUUUUACUACUGGUGACGACAAAACUGUGAAACAAUGGAAGAUGGAUGGACCAGGCUAUGGUGAAGAAGAAGAGCCAUUGCAUACAAUAUUAGGAAAGACAGUGUAUACUGGAAUUGAUCACCACUGGAAAGAAGCUAUUUUUGCUACAUGUGGACAACAGGUGGACAUUUGGGAUGAACAAAGAACCAGUCCUAUAUGUUCAAUGACCUGGGGAUUUGACAGUAUAAGUAGUGUUAAAUUUAACCCAAUUGAGGUUAUUUUAGAUAUGAGAACAAAUACAAUCUGUUGGAACCCUAUGGAAGCUUUCAUUUUUACUGCAGCCAAUGAAGAUUACAACUUGUAUACUUUUGAUAUGCGUGCCCUUGACACCCCCGUGAUGGUACAUAUGGAUCAUGUGUCUGCCGUGCUUGAUGUGGAUUUCUCUCCCACUGGGAAAGAGUUUGUGUCUGCUAGUUUCGAUAAAUCUAUUCGAAUCUUUCCUGUGGCCAGAAGUCGAAGCAGGGAAGUAUAUCACACAAAGCGAAUGCAGCAUGUUAUCUGUGUAAAAUGGACUUCUGACAGCAAGUACAUUAUGUGUGGAUCUGAUGAAAUGAACAUUCGUCUGUGGAAAGCUAAUGCUUCUGAAAAAUUGGGUGUGCUUACAUCACGAGAAAAAGCAGCCAGGGAUUACAAUCAGAAAUUGAAGGAGAAAUUUAAGCAUCAUCCUCAGAUAAAACGUAUAGCUCGUCACCGACAUCUACCAAAAUCUAUCUACAGCCAGAUCCAGGAGCAGCGCAUCAUGAAAGAAGCUCGUCGACGAAAGGAAGUGAAUCGUCGUAGACAUAGCAAGCCUGGAUCUGUGCCAGUUGUAUCAGAAAAGGAGAAACACGUAGUGGCAGUUGUGAAAUAAUAUUUGGUACUCCUACCAAUCUUGAUAUAUUGAUUUGUGAAGUCUACAGAUAAAAGUACUCCUUCCAGUUUAAUAAUGAACAUUUCAGUUAUUUGUGUAGAGCUUUGUUAGUGCUCAUUUUGGCUGCCUUGGAAAAUUAUCCUUAAAGGUGACCUGGUUGCUAAGACUACCUAGCAUUUUAUCCUUCAUCUGCUUUCUUAUUGAAGAAUACAGUAUUUGCAAGCUAACUUAAUUUUUGCUGUUAAAAAUUGCAAUUAUCCUUUCUCUGAUCUGUUAGGGUCAAUGCUAUGUAUUUGGAUUUACAUUUAAGAUCAGACACUCUUUGUUAUCCUUAAUAUUAGUCUGGAUAAUGAUUGCAAUGAUUCUUUCUUUGAUUCCACACAAUAUGUAGAUCUAAGUACUUUUUCAACAGAAUUUAUUUUCUGUGCUUUAUUUAUAUUUGGGCUUUUUGAGACUUUAAAGGUGAUAGGAUUAGCCUGCAUUUAUGUAACUUUUGUAAAAAAUUUUAAUUGUAAUUCAUGGUCAAGUCAAGAUAAUAAAACAUCCUUUUUCUUAGUAUUGAAACUUUGAUCCAUUUCUGAUAAACAGUUUCUCUUUAGUCUCGCUAAAUCCUCAAUAGUUCUAUGUGACAUAGGUUGAUUUCUUGCUUGUGUUACAAGGUUAGGAGUCUCUGGGUGGCACAAAUGGUUAAGUACCCAACUAUUAGCCGAAAGGUAGGUGGUUUGAACCCACUCGGGUGCCUCGGGAGAAAGGCUUCCCAAUCUACUUCCAAAAGGUCACAGCCUCGAAGACCCUAUGGAGUGUGGUUCUUCUCUGAUAAACAUUGGGUCACCAUAAAUCAGAAUUGACUUGACGGCAACUAACAACAUUAUACGGUUCGCAAAACUUUAUUAUAAGAUACUCGUUGCUGUCAGCUUGAUUGCAACUCAUAGUGACCCUAUAGGACAGGGUAGAACUACCCCUAGGGUUUCCAAGGAGCACCUGGUGGAUUUGAACUGCUGACCGUUUGGUUAGCAGCUGUAGCUCUUAACCACUAUGCCACCAGGGUUUCCUAUUAUAAAGUACGUAAACCCAAAUUGUAGGAAAUUUUAAGUAAAGAAGUGAUUAAAAGAAAUCCUAAGAAAAACCAUAUGCUAUUUAGGAAUACAUAUAUUUGUUGUAAAAAUGUAAAAAAAACGUGCACACGAAGGACAAAGACCAAAAUCUGGAGAGUGGGAGGAGGAUACAGUCAGGGUGGGGUGCACAGGGGACUUCAGCUGCAUCAGUAAGGUUUCAUUUCUGAAGCUGUGUGUCCAUUAUCUUUUUAUACUUUCUUGGAUGUCUUGAAUAUUUCACUGUAUUUCUCUUAAAACAGUGAGAUCAUAGGAAUGUUGUAAGAUAGCAGCUAUCUACCUUUUAAGCCUAAUGAUCUACUGUAGGCCUCAAAUUGCUUGAUUUUCAAGGUGAACCAGGUUCUCUUGUGUACCUGUAUUUCAGUUAAUUUGGGUGUGAUCUCAAAGAAAACAUGCAAAUAUUAAUCCAUAAAUAUGAGUUACCAGGUCAGUUUGGGUCCUUCACAAAGCAGAUGCCUAGAUAGGAUUAGACUUGCAGGAAGUUUAUUGGAGGGAAUCACCUGUGAAAGUUCAAGGGGAGGGAGCAGGAAUAGACAGAGCUUCAGAUCAUACUGCAGGCAUGACAUCUGUAACAAAAGAGAAGGAAGGAAGGAGGAUUGGGUCCGAAGAAUAUAAGACUGUGUUGCAGUUCCAAGAAAGUGUCAGCCAAGCCCGUGGGGAGUCCUUAAGCCAAAAUGGCCUGUUAGAGAAGUCCUGCAUCCUACAGUGAUGGCCAGCACUAGUUCCUUCUCUGUGCUCAGUUGUUGGCUGGGAGCAGCCCCAAAAAGUAGCCUUGGUGGGACCAUGGUGGUGGAUCCAGACGGGCAGGUGGGGCACUCAGUCAACUAUGCUCCCCACUGCUGGUUCUCUUGAAGGUGAUGGGAGCAGCAUGUUUCUAUGGCUGCCACACUACCCACUUUCAUACCCAUUAUCACUUGGGCUUUAAUAUCAGUAUUUCUGAAGAGGAUGUCUCAGAUGGCUUAAUAGGUACACAGGAAUUUUUAAUUAUCCUGAACUUAAUGUAAAUGAAAGUGUAUUUCAUUUGUGAAGUGCUAUUCAGAUAUUGGUCAUAAUGAUAUUGAAUUGGAAGUGAAGAUGAGAGAUAAAGGAGCCAAACUCAGCACUUAGCACGUAGUAGAUGCUCAAUAAAUGUCUGUUGACAUGAAAUAAAACCCAGACUUAUGUUCCUGGUAGAAUGUUUACUGAUUAUUUUAGUUGUAUAUUUUCAUGACUUAGCCCUUUCCCCUAAUUCCUUUCUCUCCCUUCAGCCUGGGUAAUGCAAAAUGUCCCUAUUUAAGAAAAGUACCUUUUUAAAGUAUGUUUUUUCCUGAAAUAUUAAAUAAUAUUUUGUCCGAUGUACAUGAGUAAAAACUUGACUCAGUUUUUUGAUGGGUGGCAUAAACGGCUAAGUGCUGGACUACUAACCAAAAGGUUGGCGGUUCAGACCCAACCAGAGGUGCCUCAGAAGACAAGCCUGGCAGUCUGCCUCAGAAAGGUCACAGCCUUGAAAACCCUGUGGAGCAAUUCUACUCUGCACACAUGGGGUUGCCAUGAGUCAGAAUUGACUUGACGGCAACUAACAACAACAACAAAUAUAAAACAGUUCAUUUGAUGAAAAUGAAAAUUUGAGUAAAUUUCUGCUUCUGUCUUCUCUCUUGCCAUUGAACGCUAUCGUAACUGGUUAAAUUCACCUUUAUGGAAAUAUUCAGGCUAUUUUCUGUCAUCCACACCAUACCUCAAUUAGUUGAAAAAAAUUGAUUCAAAUAAUUGAAAAUGUCACCAUACAUAAAAAUUCGAUCAUUUAAAGGUAGACCAUAUGGAUUUUUUUUUUUUGGAUGUUACAAAAUACUUUUCUGAUUUAUUAUUUUGUUGAAGAGUAAUCACUGUAACCGAAACAGGGCCCAACUGUUUGAUUCUCAAGAGACGAAGAGUAUGAAAAUCAGAUUGGGUAGUUAAAAAAUAAAGCCUCAGUUUUUCUUUUGCUUGAUCACGUUUUAACAAUGAUAUGUUUUUUGUUUAAUUUCACAAAACAGAUCUUGUGCUUACUGAAGGGGUUUUUAAGUGGUGGAGAAACAUUAAUAUAGGGUUCUGGCCUAUUCACAGAACAUCUGACCACUUUUGAAAGUUUAGAUAUUUUGCCAUCACUCUUGUUCAUUUUACUUGAGGGAGGUGCAGAACGGAAUGUUGGGAGGGUAAGUGGUCACGGAGCUUACUGUCAUGCAUGAUGACUGAGUUCUCAAUCUAAAAAGUAUAUAUCAGUAUGAUGAAUGGACAGAAUAAACAUUUUAAAAACAAAACAUUGAAAAACAAAACAAAAAAUACUUGGCACAUAUGUAGCAAAUAUCCGAGAAGGGAGAUCACUUCUGAUACGAGUCUUACUCUGGCAUUGAAGCUUAGGCGUUCAGUAAAGAACUUACUGUUUUCCUUAAAAGUGUUUAUGAAGAGUCUGGAUUCACAGCUCCCAAUUACCUGGGAGCAGGGCUUUUUACCUAGAGUCCAGUGGUUCUCAACUGGGGGCAGUUUUGUCCCCCAGGGGACAUUUGACAAUAUUUGGAAACAUUUUUGAUUGUCACACCUUGGGGGCAGGGGAGAGGGAAUUUCCUACUGGCAUCUAGAAGGUGGAGGCCAGGGGUGCUGCUAAAUAUCCAGCAACAGUCAAGACAGUCCCUCAACAAAGAAUUAUCUGGCCCAAAAUACCAGUAGUGCCAUUGUUGAGAAACCUUGCUUUAGUCAAAUUUAGCCAAGUCACCACAAAAAUAACAGAUCCUUUUUUUUUUUUUAAAUCAAAAUUCAAAACUGCAAAUUUUAAGCAGUUUAUAACUCAAGGGAAAAAAAGUCCAGGUAAGAAAACUUUUUUAUUAUCUAGCAGUGUCUUACCCUUACAGGCAGCAAGAAUGAGCCUAACAUAGGAAAAAGCAUCUUUCUCUUACAGCACCCCCCUCAGUAAUCAAUUCCGUUUACUGAGGGUAAUUUUCAAGUGUUUUACAACAUUGAGUGGAAUGAAAGUUUACUUAACUUUUUUUUCUGUUCCCUUUUACCACUUGACUCUGAUCCUUCUCUUUUUAUGUUUUUCCUGCUCUGUUCUGAUGAUCUAAAAUCUGGUUGCCCCAUAGCCUCGUGAAACUUUGAUCUAUGUACCACCUAAAAAAUGAAACAACCAUAGUAUGGUGUUUGGCUGACAACUCGUCAGAGCAUUGUGCAGUACUCACUUGAAGGGAAGUACCACCUGCUGAGUCGUUGGCACUACCUCCUGCUACAACCUGUGGUUUCCAUAGUGAUGUCUCUGAUUUGCACACAACAGAACCUGACUGGUUAAAGACAUGAGCAAUUUCCUGCAAUAUGAACCUUUUACUAAUGUAGAAAUGGGAGCAUGAUUUUGACCAUUUUGAAAUACAGCUUUACCAGUCAAAAUCUUUUGGAAUAAAAUGCACAAAUGUGUCUUUAAGAAAUGAAAUUGUUAGGAUAGAACCCUGAGGAAGGAAAUAAGGAUGGUGGUGAUGCUGAAAGGGUUACUCCAGAGGAUAGAGAAAUGGCAAAGACAAAGAUUUGAGCCCUGGUGGCACAAUGGUUAAAGGCUAUGGCUGCUAACCAAAAGCUGGGCAGUUCAAAUCCACUAGCUGCUCCUUGGAAACCCCAUGGGGCAGGUCUACUCUGUCCUGUAGGGUUGCUAUGACUCAGAAUUGACUGGAUGGCGUGGGUUG